CUUUCGAUGCAAAGGAAAUGACCUUAAUUUUUAGAUUGUGACUUGUGACAGAUAGGUAUAUACGUCAGUAUAGCUGUCAUUUUUGACAAAGGAAUAAUAAGGAGAAAAAAGUAAAGAAAAGAUAUGGCAGCCUCCAAGCUUACAAAUGAGGAAAAACUGAAACGUCUCAUUUAUAUAAGUAAUGUAAAUCCAAAAUACUAUUGCGGUGGACCAGAAGUGUUUCUGCCAUUAUCCAAAGCAAAAAUGGAUCUACUGGAAGAAAUGUUAAAAACUAAUUACAUGGAAUUCCUAAAAGUUAUAGAAUCAGUUAAUGAAGAUCCUCUUAUUCCAUAUCGUUCUCAAAUUUUUAACAUUCUAGCAUAUUCCUUAAAGAUGGAAUCUUGCAAUCCUCAAAGCAAAAAUGCUAUUUGCACUACUAUUCUCAAAUUAAUAAAAAGUGAUAAAGAAUUUUUUGAGUUUAUCAAACAUGCUUCUAGAUUUAACAAUAAAAAACUUUCUAAGACAGUUAGAAAAGCCAUUUCUGCAUUUUACAAGAAGAAAAGUGCUAUGGAAUUAGCUCAACUUUAUGCUGCUGCCAAAAGUAAUCAUGGAUGGUCACAUAAAGACCUUAUUAAAGUAUGUCACUUAAAAUCCAACACCCCAGAUUACAAUGUAGUUAUAAAUUACAUUCUAACAAACAAAACAAAUGAGAAAGAAUCUGAUGAAGAAAAGAAACUAAUAGAUGUUAUAAAAAAGUCUGAGACACUAAAGAAAACUGCUGAUCACAAAGUGGCUGUUCCUCUUAUACAAGAAUUAAAAGCAACCAUAGAUCAUGUUGAACCUAAAUUAAGAAAAUCAGCUGAAGUUUGGAAUACAGCAUUAACUAAUAUGUCUCUGGUUGAGAUUUUAAAGAGUUUGCCUAAACUUUACAAGCUAGGUUUUUUGAAAAAGGACUCUCCAACUCAGGCUAAAAUAACAGAAACUUUAACAAACGUUGAAAAAAUUAAGCAAAGUAAGAUUCACCCAAUAGAAGUAUUUAUUUAUAUGAAGAAUUUUGAAAAAGUUGGAAAACCACUGGACCCAAAGUUGCUCCAACAUCUGGUCCAGGAAAAAAAUCUGACCGAGGAGGAACUGACCAAAUUGAAAACCCCAAAUGAAGCCAAGUGCCCAACAGUUCUCAGCAAUCUUCAAAAAUGCAUGAAUGUAUCAUGCAGUAACGUUCAGUCCCUGGGAAAAAGAUAUUUGAUCACCAUAGACACUACAGAUAAAAUGGAUACUCCUUGCUUAAGUAGAAAAAACAUUACAGGGAUUGAAGCAGCUGCAGCUUUUGCUUGGUUUUUACUGAGGGUUGAAAAAGAUGUUACUGUGGCAGUUUUUAAGGAAAAAGAAGUGGCAGUUAUAUCUCUUGAUAAAAAGGGACAUCUGUAUGAACAUGUUCAAAAAUUAAGAGAAAACAAAAGCAAGUACUUAUUGCUUUCUGCUCCACUCGAAUGGGCUACUUCAAAUAAGAAACACUUCGAUAUUUUCUUUAAUUUUAUUCAUCAUAAAGAAUAUUAUGUCACAGUUCCAAAGGAUGUGAGAGAAAAAAUGACCAAGCCUGUAGAUGCUCUUCUAAAAUAUAGGAAAAAAGUCAACCUUCCAAAUGCAAAGUUGGUUAAUUUCUGUCUAUCUUCUCCACACAUGGAAAUAGCUGAUGGAUCUCCCAAUAUUUUAGAUGUCUCUGGUUUGGACUUAGGCGUUCCAAAGCUUAUUGAAGCUUUUCGACGUGGCAAAUUCUGUUAAAUCGAUUAAAACAAACUGAGUACAUCCAUCCUUAACAAAAAGUGUUCAAUGAAUUUUAAAGUUCUAAUCUUGUUAGUGAUAAUUUUUUAUACUGGUUGAUUUAGUAUUGUUCAAAUGAACGAUUCGAUUAAAAAAAAUUUCGAUAAAUGUGUUAAAUUCAUUCUUAUUAAAUUUGAAAAAAUUAGUGGAUAAUUCAAAAAAAAAAAAAUAAUGUCGAAUUUUUAGUAUAUGUUUUUACACAUAUCUUUAAAUUCAAAUUAUACAUCUUCAGAGGUUAAUAAACAAUAUUCUUCUUUACAUUAUAUCUAGAAAGGUUCAUAAUAUUAAGUUUUUAAUUUGUUUUUUCAAAUUUAAUCAGGGUGUUGCUAGAUAAGUAGUUUUAAGAUUUAUCUUUCUGUAUUUACGCACACACAGGCAAGAUUUUGUGAUAUUUUUAACUGUUUUAAAUUUUCGCUUUUUUUUUAUUGGAAAUAAAAUCUACAUUAAAAUAUUCAGUUCGAUGUUUCUGUAAUUUUAUUUUUAUAUAAAUAUUUUUUAUAUGUCAUAAUUUUAUUUAAUUCUAUUUAUUUAAUUUGUAGCUUUUAUUCCCAUAGUUAUUUAACUUUUUCUAAUGAUAUUUUAAAAAAAUUUUAAAAAGCUUUUUUAUUUAUUAUAAAACAAAAAUGACUAGUCAGGUGAAAACAAUCAGUUAUACGCUCUUAAAAAUGCUCACACAACAGAUAGGAACAUAUCAUUAUUCUUUGAAUUUCGGUGAUUCAUUUUUUAUUUUAACCAAAAUUCGGGAAUUUAAUAAAAUGAAAAAUUAAACAGCAAUAUAAUGCGAGUGUAUAAUUGGUAAAAAAAAUUGAAUUUUUUGGAUUUUAUAUUUUUUUACACUUAAUUGAUUUCUCAUUUUUCGAAAUAGUGAUGUGCCUUUAAAAAAUACAAGACUGUAGUAAUUCAUGCUAUGCUUUAUACAUCAUAAUCAAUUCAAUACCACCAGUCAUAAUAGAGCUUUUAUCUCUAUGAAAAUAAAAAAAAUUCUAAUUGUUUUUCAAUUUUAAUUCAUCAAAUUGGGUUUCUUUUUUGUUUCUCUAAAUAUAUCUAAUAUAGGCUGCUUUAGUUAAUUAAUGAUUUAUUAAUAUACUUUUUUUAUUUAUUUAUUAAAAAUUAAAAUCUUUACAGUAGGAGAAAGCAGAAGAUUUAAAUAAAGGGCAUUGUUAUCUUUAUUUCUGAUCACUGUAAAAGAACAGUAUAAUAAUAAAAAAUCCAUAUAAUAUUAGAAUUUAGAAACUGCUGUCAUUAGCUAUCAGUAUUUAUUACUAUUACUGAUAAAAAUAUCAUUUAUUUUCACAAAUGGAUUGUUUAUUAUACUGUAGUAUGAGUUUUAAAUAGUGUGAAAGUUUACUUUAUUUUUAGUGUAAUCGUUGUAUUUAGAUCACCUAGUUGAACAAUCCCAAUGCAAAUUAUCUUUGAGGGCAAUGGACAGUAUCAGUAGAUGGCAGCACGCUCCGUCGCGUCCUAGUCAUGUCUUUGAUAAUUUUGUCGUCUUCUACCGAGCCAUCAAACGGUUAUCGAAACUAAAUAACGAACGUAAUUUCUGUAGGGUAAUGCGUCCAACAAUGAACCACUCAAAAUUUAAAAUCGCAUAGACCAGUCAAAUUUUAAUCAAAAAAUCGGAAACUGUAUCAUUAUUAGCCACACCUAUUUGUAAUCUAUUGCACAUAAUUUGAUUUUGAAGAUAAAAGUUUGUUAGUUGUACAUUUUAAAAAUAAAGGUAUUUGGUUCAUUGUGUCCCAGACGUGGUACAGACAGAAUUGCCUCCAAUGAAACGUCCAUAAGAUUGUUCUACUAGAGUAUCUAAAUACAAUGGUAUAAUUAUUACAUAUAAAUAUAUAAUUUUUGAUUAUUCGUAGUGUAUAGUUGCUACAUGAAGUAAGCUUGCUAAAGGUUACUUUCAAAAAAAUGUAGAUAUAUUUAUAAAUGGGAGAUCUUACCUAAAAUAUAAUAGGUAAUGAUUUUCUUCAAAAAUUUGGACCCAAAUUACUUAAAACAUUUCAGAUAAAAUUUUACAAAUCCAGCAAUUUUGUAAUAUUUAGUUUUACUGUUUUUCUUUAAAAUUUGACAUUUACUUUAACACAUUUACUUCAUACAGUACAUUUUAUUAAAAAUCGGAAUGUCAGAAAAAAAAAAUUGUUGAAGACUUUUUUUUAUAUUUUAUAUUAAAGGAUAUGAGGAUUGAAAAUUGAACUUUAAAAAAAAAUACAAUGUGCUGUGUGAAGAACAAAAAAUAUUAAGGCUGUUGAUAUUUAUUUUAGUAAUAUUCAUGAAAUACUUCAGGGAAAAUUGUGAGAGCAUCUUUUAAUUUUAAAAAUUGAAUAUUAGUGUAAUAAUAGGUAUCUGUUAGCUGCUACAUUAAUGUUAUUAUUUAUGUCUUUGACAAUGUAAUUAUGGUAAUUUACCGAAUAAAUAAUUAC